CUGGGAGCUCGCGCUGCUGCGCUCCCCCGCGUGUGCGUGCGUUGAGUUUCAGCCCAGAUUUCGGUGCUGCACAACAAGCCGGUUGCGCGUUACACAGGACGGUCUGUGACACUCUGAUGGUCCAUCUUCUUUCCUAAUAAAUUUGUUGAAGAGAUUAGAAUUUCCAAAAUAAAGCGGCCGCCACCUCCACCACCACCACCACCACACACAUUCAAUGCAGUUAGAAGGAAAAGGUCAACUCGGUGCCAGACAGACCCUGCUGUCGGAGGCUCACUGUCCUGGGCAUGUGUUUCGGGUCUGGUUCUUGCCCUUCUCUCCGACACUGCACGGGGCAGACAAUACCCCAGGCGUCCCGGUCCCUUCCUGACGCCGCAGUGGUAACCGCGUUCUAUUCCGGCAACACCCAGACGAGAGAGAUCGGCCUUCUCCCCCCUUCGCAGGAAAAGAUGGACCAGGACUGAAGGGUGUCGGACGCCUGGGGCGCGCUCGUGGGACGCGGAGACGUGGAAGCUGCUGCUGCUGUUGUUUCCUUCCGAGAGCGAGCCCCGCGGAGCCAAGCGAAUGUCCCCUCACCUCCCCAGGAAAGUUCUCCGGCUUUUGAUGCUCCAGAGCUCGAAUUCAGGAUGUCAGUGAACAUUGCGGCUGCAGGCAAAGGCGUGGAUGCGAACGCGGUGGAUGCCUACGACAGCGGUGAUGAUUGGGAAAUCGGGGUUGGCAAUCUGAUCAUCGAUCUGGACGCCGACCUGGAGAAGGACAGACAGAAAUUCGAGAUGAACAACCCCGCCGGCUCCGCGAGCGCCGGCGGCUCCAAGGAGUGCGGCGGUGCGCCCGGGGCGCCCGCAGCCCUCGCCGACGGCCUGAAAUUCGCUGCCGUGCAGCCCUCCGCUCCCCAGGGGAAUUCGCACAAAGAGACCAGCAAAUCCAAAGUGAAAAGGAGUAAAACUUGCAAGGAUGCUAAUAAAUCUUUGCCUUCUGCUGCCUUGUACGGGAUGCCCGAGAUCGGCGGCGCUGGCAAGCGGCAGGAAGUCCAAGGGCGCCCUGGAGAGGCGGCUGGCAUGAAUUCAGCGCCGGGUCAGAGCGCGGGCGGCGGCGGCGGGGGCGGCGGCGGCGGCGGCCCCAGCGGCCCGGGUCCCGGUCCCGGCCCCGGCGCGCCCACCGCGGGCGCGGGCUCCUGCGCCAAGGCCCGGGACGACAAGCCCGCCAAGAGCCAGGGCAGCCGCGGCGCCAAGCGGGACAAGGACGCGGGCAAAGCCAGAAAGGACAAGCACGACCUGCCGCAGGGCCACCCCGGCGGCGGGGGCGGCCAGGCCCCUAACGGGGGGCACCUCUACGGCUUCGGGGCCAAGAGCAAUGGAGGCGGCGCGAGCCCCUUCCACUGUGGGGGCGCCGCCGCCGGGGAAGUUACCAAAAGCGCGGCGGAUUCGGGGCUGCUGGGAGCAAACUCGGUGUUGGUCAAGAAGGAAGAGGAGGAGGAGGAGAGCCACCGGCGGAUCAAGAAACUGAAGACCGAGAAGGUUGACCCCCUGUUUACAGUGCCAGCACCACCGCCGCCGAUUGCCAGCAGUCUCACGCCUCAGAUUCUACCCUCCUACUUUUCCCCAUCAUCCAAUAUUGCAGCACCGGUUGAACAGCUUUUGGUUCGGACUCGGUCUGUGGGUGUCAAUACGUGUGAAGUUGGAGUAGUCACAGAGCCAGAGUGUCUCGGGCCCUGUGAACCCGGGACCAGUGUGAAUUUGGAAGGGAUCGUGUGGCAUGAAACAGAAGAAGGUGUCCUGGUGGUCAAUGUCACAUGGAGGAACAAGACUUACGUGGGGACUCUCCUGGACUGCACCAAGCACGACUGGGCCCCCCCCAGGUUUUGCGAGUCACCAACGAGUGACCUGGAGAUGAGAGGGGGCCGGGGCCGAGGGAAGAGAGCGAGGUCGGCCGCCGCGGCCCCCGGCUCUGAGGCCAGCUUCGCGGAGUGCCGAGGGCUGCAGAGCAAGAACCGAGGGGGGGCCAAUGGGAAAGGGAGGCGGGGCAGCCUCAAUGCCAGUGGCCGCAGGACGCCCCCAAACUGUGCCGCCGAGGAUAUCAAAGCCAGCCCUUCCUCCACCAACAAGAGGAAAAACAAGCCCCCCAUGGAGCUGGAUCUCAACUCCAGCUCUGAGGACAGCAAGCCUGGGAAGCGGGUGCGCACCAACUCCAGGAGCACCCCCACCACGCCCCAGGGGAAGCCGGAGGCCACCUUCCUGGAUCAGGGCUGCUCCUCUCCUGUGCUGAUCGACUGCCCCCACCCAAACUGCAACAAGAAGUACAAGCACAUUAACGGCCUGCGCUACCACCAGGCCCACGCGCACCUGGACCCGGAGAACAAGCUGGAGUUCGAGCCCGACAGUGAGGACAAGAUCUCGGACUGCGAGGAGGCCCUGAGCAAUGUGGCCCUGGAGUGCAGCGAGCCCAGCACAAGUGCCCCAGCCUACGACCAGGCCAAGGCCCCCGCGUCUCCUGGGGCCGGGAACCCCCCUGGGACCCCCAAGGGCAAGAGAGAGCUGCUGAGCAAUGGCCCGGUCGCCACACUCGGUUCCAAAGCUGGAAAGAAUUCGGGCAAAAAGAAGGGCCUGAGCGCUGACCUCAGCAACCUGCCCGUGAUCUCCAACAUGACGGCCACACUGGACAGCUGCUCGGCGGCCGACGGCAGCUCGGCUGCCGAGAUGCCCAAACUGGAAGCCGAAGGGUUGAUUGACAAGAAGACUCUGGGAGAGAAGGAGAAGGGCCGGAAAGCCAGCAACUGCAAAAUGGACAAGAACCUGUCUAAGCUGAAAGGCGCCCGGCCCAUCGCCCCAGCGCCCGCGCCCACCCCCCCGCAGCUCAUCGCUAUCCCCACGGCGGCCUUCACCGCCACCACCACGGGGACGAUGCCUGGCCUGCCCUCCCUCACCACCACCGUCGUCCAGGCCACGCCGAAGAGCCCCCCGCUGAAACCCAUCCAGCCCAAGCCCACCAUCAUGGGAGAGCCACUCACCGUGAACCCGGCUCUCGUGUCACUCAAAGACAAGAAGAAAAAGGAGAAACGGAAGCUCAAGGACAAAGAGGGCAAGGACUCGGGCAGCCCGAAGACGGACGCCAAGCUGGGGAAGCUGGAGGAGCCCAAGGGGGCGACGGGCAAGGACCUGGCAGGGCAUUUCCUGAAGGACCACCUGACCAAGGGCGAGGGGCUGGCCAACGGCCUGGCGGAGUCCCAGGAGAGCCGCAUGGCCAGCAUCAAAGCUGAGGCCGACAAGGUGUACACGUUCACCGACAACGCGCCCAGCCCCUCCAUCGGCAGCGCCUCCAGGACGGAGUGCAGCACCCUGGUGAACGGGCAGGCACCCAUGCUCACCCAGAACGGGCCCGAGAGCUCGGCGGCGAAGACCAGCAGCCCCGCCUACUCAGACAUCUCGGACGCCGCAGACGAUGGGGGCUCGGACAGCAGGUCGGAGGGCAUGAGGUCCAAGGCCAGCUCCCCGUCGGAGAUCCUCUCUGGCAAGGACGGUGUCGCCAGGGGGCAUCCUGCAGCCACAGCGCAGGUGUCUCAACUGAAGGAGUCCCCCUCCCCCUAUUACCAUGGCUACGACCCUUACUACUCCCCCAGCUACAUGCACCCAGGCCAGGUGGGCACGCCUGCAGCCGGGACCGGCGGGAGCUCGCAGGCGAUGAAGGUGAAGAAGGAGUGUGAGGAAGACGCCGAGAAGAAAGACAAGGCAGAGCAGUUAGAGUCUAAGAAAGGGGACCACGGCGCUGCCCCCCUGCAGCCACAGCACCAGUCAGUGAUCACUCAGAGACACCCGGCCCUGGCCCAGUCCCUGUACUACGGCCAGUACGCCUACGGGCUCUACAUGGACCAGAAGUCCCUGAUGGCCACCAGCCCCGCCUACAGGCAGCAAUACGAGAAGUACUACGAGGACCAGAGGCUGGCCGAGCAGAAGGUGGCCCAGGCCGGCAGAGGAGACUCUGAGCGGAAGCACGAGCUCCCCUUGAAGGAGCUGGGCCAGGAGGACGGUAAACAGAAACACGUGCCGUCGGCCACGGUCUCAAAAGCUCCCUCUACCCCGGAGCCUAGCAAAAGCCAUUCUAAACUAGGGCCUUCCGUGCCUAAUAAAACUGAGGAGACAGGUAAAUCGCAGCUUCUCUCCAAUCAGCAGCAGCAGCUUCAGGCCGACAGCUUCAAAGCUAAGCAAAUGGAAAACCACCAGCUUAUUAAGGAGGCUGUAGAAAUGAAAUCUGUCAUGGACUCUAUGAAGCAGACAGGUGUAGACCCAACCUCGAGAUUUAAACAAGACCCAGAUUCAAGGAGUUGGCAUCAUUAUGUGUACCAGCCCAAAUACCUGGAGCAGCAGAAGUCCGAAGAGCUUGAUAGAGAGAAGAGAUUGAAAGAGGACAGUCCGAGGAAAACCCCUAACAAGGAGGGCGUGGCGUCCAGCCUUCCCGUGUCCUUGGCCAGCAUCAAAGAGGAGCCCAAGGAAGCCAAGCGUCCCGAUUCCCAGCCGAUGGAGGAGAACAAGCUGAAAAGCGACGACCGGAAGACUCCCGUGAACUGGAAGGACUCGCGGGGAAGCCGAGUGGCCGUGUCCUCACCCAUGAGUCAGCACCAGUCCUACAUCCAGUACCUGCACGCGUACCCGUACCCGCAGGUGUACGACCCCAGCCACCCCGCCUACCGGGCGGUCUCGCCCGUCCUGAUGCACAGUUAUCCCGGGGCCUAUCUCUCGCCAGGAUUUCAUUACCCUGUCUACGGGAAGAUGUCGGGGAGAGAAGAGGCCGAGAAAGUCAACACCAGCCCCAGCAUCAGCGCGAAAGCAGCCACUGAGUCGAAAGCCCUGGAUCUGCUGCAGCAGCACGCCAGCCAGUACCGCAGCAAGUCUCCCGUCCCGGUGGAGAAGGGAGCGGCUGAGCGGGAACGGGAGGCCGAGAGGGAACGAGAUCGUCACUCGCCGUUCAGCCAGCGCCACCUGCACACGCAUCACCACACCCACGUGGGCAUGGGUUACCCGCUGAUCCCCGGGCAGUACGACCCCUUUCAAGGCUUGACCUCUGCCGCCCUGGUGGCCUCCCAGCAGGUGGCUGCCCAGGCCUCUGCGUCAGGAAUGUUUCCUGCACAGAGAAGGUGA